AUGGCUCGAUUCAGCUUGUCUUUCCUGACCGUCUUCCUGGUCCUCGCAUCCUGUGCCAUGUCGUUGCCGACCAAGCGUGACGACAGUAAGGGCUUGGGCCUUGACACUACUCUCGAGGGUCUUGAGUCUGCCACCAAGCUGAUGAACGGCUUGAACAACAAGGACACCAACAACAAGAACAACCAAGCCGCCCAUGUUCCGGCCGAGGACGGUGAUUCUGAUGCCGAUGACCAGGAAGCCGAUGACGAACAGGAUGGAGAAGACAGUCCUACUCCCACCCAGAAGAAGCCCACCUCUGGUAACUUCCAGACUCCGACUGCCACUACUACCCAUCACCCCAGCUCGCAGCCCAAUGCGCUGGGUGGUAUUCCCAUUAUCGGCGGUCUUCUCGGAGGCACUGGUGGGCCCUUGUAA